AUGGUGUCCUUCCGCUCCCUCAUCGCUCCCUCGACCGGCCUCUUCCGCCAGUUUCUCCGCAAGCCUCUUACCGGUGGCUUCCUUGCGCGGUCAUUCUCGCAGUUAACGACCCUCUCCCUUACCAAUGGUCUUCGGGCUUUGCGCGCCGGAAAGGAGCAGGCUGGCAAUGUCAGUGUCGCGUCGACGGUGAGACAGUUGGAUCAGAUUCGGGGAAUGAAGACCCGCUCGUCGGUGAAGCGGUUGUGCGACGGUUGCAAGGUCCUUGGGGCUCUUCUCCGGGAGGGCCGGGGUGAGACUGUUGCUUUGUAUGGGAUGUGGAAUGCUAAUGUUGGAUUAAUAGCCCGUUCGGAGAAAGAACAGAGUCUAUAUCAUUUGGGACGUCGCAUAUGCUAA